UACGAACACUGAGGAGACGAGUAGGAAUCACCAAGCAAGAUGUACAUGACCAGCUACCGACGGGAAGUUUGUAAGGAACAGUAUGAGCGCCCUGACGUCUUUGAAGAGCCAGAAGAGCCGCAGGUUCCACCUCCGGAACAUUCCAGGGGCGCAGGUCUGGCAGGCAUCCCAGUCCAAGGCAUGGAGAGCCUGCAGGAGCUGAAUGAGCGUUUCGCCCGAUGCAUUGGGCGGGCACGCAUGCUGGAGCAGCGCAACGCCGUCUUCCGCAAGCAGCUGGAGAUGCUGCAGCACGUGGAGGAGGUGUCAGGCCUGGGGGAGGCCUGCAGCGAGCAGAUCAGCCUGCACCGCCAACGCCUCCGUGAGCUGUCCUCCGAGCAAGCCAGACUGGACCGGGAGAGGCACGAGGCCGAACGCAAGCUGGAAGACUUCAGCAGCAGGUAUAGAAAUGAGUGUGAAUACCAACAACGCCAACGGGACACCCUUGAACACCUCAACAAGGAGGCUGACGCAGCUCUCUUGAGGAACCUUGAGUACCAGGUCCAAUCCCAGUUCCUGCAGGAUGACAUUAACUCAACCAGAGACCGAAACAAAAAGAAUCUGGCAGAGAUCCAGACUUAUGUGAAAAUUCUAAAGCAGAUCACUCUGGUGCCCCAGCAAUUACACAGUGUCUCCCAGAAGCCAUCUGAGCUGGAGCGGCCAUUUGGCCAGAGCUGCGUUCCCUCACUGCAGAGUCAGCUAGAUGAGUACAAGACUGCCCUCUGCCAGCUGGAAGCUCAGAAGCAACGGCUGCAGGAUGAGACUUCAACACUUGAGCAGGCGGCGAGGACCACGCAGGAGAGCUACGACGAGGAGAUCCGGCUGUGCGGCGAGAGGAUCGAGUCGUUACGGAAGGAGAUCGAGGAGGCCGAGCGUUCACUGGAGAAGUACACCAACAAGUGCCGCCAGCUGGCCAUGUACCAGACGUCCCUGGAGAACAAGCUGGAGUGCUACAGGACAAUCAUCGAGAAUGAAGGCACAAGGCUGAAUUCAGUGAUUAUUGAGACCCCCAUCGCCCUGCUCACCGCCGACAACCGCUACACGCCAAUGACCUCAGUGACGAGCAGGGGCAGAGACUUCACUCAGGCUGUGCAGGACAUCACCAAUGUCAAGCCUCGCCAGAAGAACCUGGCCAAGAAGGUGCUGAGGAUGCAGGAAAUCAGCCCCAAGAAUGUGAGGAACAGUGAAGUAGAGGAGAAGGCUGGAGUGGAGCUGGAGGAUGUGGCAGAAGACGGCGAGGAACGAGUCACGGAUGCGGGACAGUCGUUCACGUCCCCGCCUGUGUCCCCUGAGGAUGUCCCCGAUGGAACCCAGAUCAGUAAGGCCAUCGACACGCUGUGCAACAUCAUUCAGGAGCGCAUGCAUCAGCAUGCAAGGCAGGAACCAAUCGCCGACUUCUACGCCGAGGGUCGCUACGUGCUGGUCUCAGGAGAGUCCAGCUACAUCCAUCCAAGCUUUUGUUCCUCCUCAUCAUCCGGGGGACACGUGUUUGUUACCAUCUGUGAUGGUAGGAUGUUUCCAAACUACACAGAGAAGACACUCUGCCCCAUUCCUGCCCCCGUGUCCCCGACCUGCCCCGAGGAUGGAGAGGAAGUUCAGGGUAGUGCCAGGUGGCAGACUGACCAUGAGGACAAUGGCGUGGGGAACAAUGAGGAAGCGCAUCUCGGAGAAAAGUACAGGGGCUCCCAGCCAAGACCAAAGCACCCUAGGAGCAAGACCCCAGAUAAGAGUAGCUGCCGCAGAGGGCACGGCACCCCUGACACUUGGAACAUCCCUCCAUCUGUGCCGUCCAUGAGCUACGAAAAGGUGGAGGUGGUGGAGUCUGUGGAGAAGAUCUCCGGGGACAACAAAGUUGGAGAUUACGAGGAGACGGCCACCAUCGUGGAGACCAUCGUGGAGAAGACCAGCAAGAAGAAGCCCAUGGGCUGGUCGCCCUGAACCUUCCGACUGGCAACCGGCUUGGUUGCAGAGUCUUGCUGCUUUUGUGCGCCGUGCCUUUAACGUUUGCAAACUUGGGAGAGAGAGUUCCCACAGAAACAAACCAUUAAAAUAAGAACGCGCAGAACCUGAGGCAUGGAACGUGAAUGCAAGCCAAGUAAGAGCAGCUCUCGGGGAUGUUAACUCAU